AUGGGCGUCGACUCCUUCGUGCGGCCCUCAGAUGUCUUUUUGAGCGGGCUCGCGCGCGCGCGCGCGAUGCCAGGCACGAGUUCUAGACGCGGUUUGGGCACGCUCCACGAGCUCGCGCGCGGACCGUCUGCGCGUCCUGCGCGCUCUGCGCAAUCUGCUGCGAAGCACGCGCGCCGCGGGCGGGGCCGGGCGAGGGGCGGUCGAGCGCGGAACGUGCGCGCGCGCCCGCGACGUGCAAGGGCACGCCGGCGCUCAACGUUCGACGCUCGCCCGAGAUAUAGCGUCCACCGCGGGACUGUCGUCCUCGCAUCUCUCACGCGGAUUGACUGUCGCGCGCGUCUCAGGACUCGCAAGCGGCGCUCGCGCCCCAUCUCUCGUACUCGUUUAGUUCAACAAGUUCGCCCUGCGCGGCUAUCCGCGGGCACUGCAGAUCUGCGGCAUCUCAUCUCGCAGGAGGGCGCCAAACGACAGCGACGCCACCUCUUUGCAAGUACGACUAAAAAAAGACUCGCCCCGUCUACGAAUAGAGAACAACAAGGCCCUUUCGAGGGCACUGGGCUCCAUCUGCGCCCGGUCGCGAGGGGCACGGGGCACGAUGAUGCGGCGGCGCCGGACGUGGAUGCGGUAUUCAAUCUUUGCUGGCUGGCCACGUCCACGGAGAGUCGAGCGUCAAGGGCCAGCCGGGGGCGCCCCGCGGGAGGGCGGGGGACAGCGCGACUAUACUCGGGAAGGGCGACGCGCGGGCGCGUGGAUCUGUCACCGAGUGUCAGGUAUGAGACGCGGGUGCCCGAUCGGCAGACACCGUUAUCGCGCGCGGAGGCGUACGUGUCCGUCGGGCGAGGACGACGCGGCCCGGCUGGCUUUGGGAAUGGGAAGUCCCCGCUCGCGGCGCGCGCGCAAGCAGAGCAGAGCAAGUGGAUGCGCUCAACCCCAGACGGAGAUCAAGGGUGCCGAGAGACAGUACAGGACUGCCCGAUCCUGCGAUGCCAGCAGGAGAGGAAGGAGAAUCCGCGAUCGGGGGUCCCAAAGGGCGCCCGCCGGCCACGAGCCCCUCUGACGUCGACAGUGGCCAUCGACACUAGAGACCAGACCGAUUCGGGCACGAGCGCGCAUCCCUAG